AUGCACCUGUCGGCGGUGCUCAACGCCCUCCUGGUGUCGGUGCUGGCCGCCGUCCUGUGGAAGCACGUGCGGCUGCGGGAGCAUGCGGCGGCGCUGGAGGAGGAGGUGGCCGCCGGCCGCCAGGCCCCCGCGCCCGGCCCCGCGCCCAGGGCCGACUACGCCCGGGCGCUGCAGCUCCUGAGCGAGGGCGGCACGCACAUGGUGUGCACCGGCCGCACGCACACCGACCGCGUCUGCCGCUUUAAGUGGCUCUGCUACUCCAACGAGGCCGAGGAGUUCAUCUUCUUCCACGGCAACGCCUCGGUCAUGCUGCCCAACCUGGGCUCCCGGCGCUUCCAGCCGGCCCUGCUCGACCUGUCCACCGUGGAGGACCACAACACCCAGUACUUCAACUUCGUGGAGCUGCCGGCCGCCGCCCUGCGCUUCCUGCCCAAGCCCGUGUUCGUGCCCGACGUGGCCCUGGUCGCCAACCGCUUCAACCCCGACAACCUGAUGCACGUCUUCCACGACGACCUGCUGCCUCUCUUCUACACGCUGAGGCAGUUCCCCGGCCUGGCCCACGAGGCCCGCCUCUUCUUCAUGGAGGGCUGGAGCGAGGGCGCCCACUUCGACCUGUACAAGCUCCUCAGCCCUAAGCAGCCGCUCCUGCGCGCGCAGCUGAAGACGCUGGGCCGGCUGCUGUGCUUCUCCCACGCCUUCGUGGGCCUCUCCAAGGUCACCACCUGGUACCAGUAUGGCUUCGUGCAGCCGCAGGGCCCCAAGGCUAACAUCCUCGUCUCCGGCAACGAGAUCCGGCAGUUCGCCCGGUUCAUGAUGGAGAAGCUGAACGUGAGCCAGGCGGGCGCUCCCCUCGGGGAGGAGUACAUCUUGGUCUUCAGCCGAACCCAAAACAGGCUCAUCCUGAAUGAGGCGGAGCUGCUGUUGGCCCUGGCCCAGGAGUUCCAGAUGAAGACGGUGACGGUGUCCCUGGAGGACCAGGCCUUUGCCGAUGUCGUGCGGCUGGUCAGCAACGCCUCCAUGCUGGUCAGCGUGCAUGGGGCCCAGCUGGUCACUGCCCUCUUCCUGCCCCGCGGGGCGACCGUGGUCGAGCUCUUCCCCUAUGCCGUCAACCCUGACCACUACACCCCCUAUAAGACGCUGGCCACGCUGCCUGGCAUGGACCUCCAGUAUGUGGCCUGGCGCAACAUGAUGCCGGAGAACACCGUCACGCAUCCCGAGCGGCCCUGGGACCAGGGGGGCAUCGCUCACCUGGACCGGGCCGAGCAGGCCCGCAUCCUACAGAGCCGUGAGGUUCCUCGUCACCUCUGCUGCCGGAACCCUGAGUGGCUCUUCCGCAUCUACCAGGACACCAAGGUAGACAUCCCAUCCCUCAUCCAGACUGUACGGCGUGUGGUGAAGGGCCGGCCAGGGCCACGGAAGCAGAAGUGGACCGUGGGCCUGUACCCAGGCAAGGUUCGGGAGGCACGGUGCCAGGCGUCCGUGCAGGGUGCUUCUGAGGCCCGCCUCACCGUCUCCUGGCAGAUCCCAUGGAACCUCAAGUACCUGAAAGUGAGGGAGGUGAAGUACGAGGUGUGGCUCCAGGAGCAGGGGGAGAACACCUAUGUGCCUUACAUCCUGGCUCUGCAGAACCACACCUUCACUGAGAACAUCAAGCCUUUUACUACCUACUUGGUGUGGGUCCGCUGCAUCUUCAACAAGACCCUCCUGGGACCCUUUGCAGAUGUGUUAGUGUGCAAUACGUAG